AUGAACUAAAAACAUAUUGCAAAUCAGAGCAAGCUUGAUAAUGAAAAAAUGUCUUUAACAACGAAUCGAGAUACAAUUCGAACCGUCUUCUCUGAUAUGACUAAUUUUGAGUUCUCUAGUAUGAUUAUUUCAGGAAAACAAAAUUUUAAUAAAACAAAAGAAUAAUCACAAUCCUAAACGACCAAAAGAAGGAAUGCAAUAGUUCCUUGUUUAAUAAAAUUUCCAGCUUUUUUUAAUUAUCCAGAAACCAAGACAAAAAUUUAUAAGAUACAUAAAUUUUCUAUAUUAGAGAAACCGAUACUUGCCUAUCAUGAAGUUUAUUAUUCUGAAAUUCAAUAAUUUGAAAGAGAUAUUGAAUAAAACGUAUAUGUUAUUUUAUUCAAUUUAGAAACAAGAUGGCAAUUUUGAUAUAAAAUAACAUUGUUUUACUGAGUAAUAGUUAGAAAAGGCUCUAGAUUGGAUGAUUUAUUAAAUUAUUAGAUUUAAAAGUUUUAGUUAUGAAUCCCUAUUUAAAUCAAUAGAGUUGAUUUAUUAAUAUUUAAGUAAGUCAUAGCAGGUGGAAUUUAAGGAUUUAGAAUUAAUAAGCGGGUGCUGCAUUUAUUUAUCAUCAAAAACAGUUGAUUUAAAUCCAAUAUAUAUUGAUGAUUUAAUUAAUGAAGUAAAAUUGAAGUUAAUAUUUAGGUGUUAGAAUGCAGAUUUGACUAUUAAGAAGUUUUGAGAUAAGAGAAAUUAAUUUGCUAAGCACUUAAUUACAAUUUGCUUUGCAUUUGUUCAUUAUAAAUAGUUUAUCGAAUUAUGCAGGAAAUUAGUUCUAAAAUGGAGUAGAUGUAUGAUUCUGGAAAGAUUGAGAAUUUAAGGAAAUAAAUUUUGGAUAAUUUAUUAUUGAUGGAAUUUGGGAAAAAAUUUCGUUAGAUUUCUAAAGGCAAUCGGGCAGUUAGUUGCAUUUUAUUAACAAUGAUUGAAAAUAAGAUAGAUAAAAGUGUUGUAAUAAUUACAUUAUUAUUUAACGUGUUAAGCUGUUUUGGAGAGUGUAAAUCAUUUAGAAAUGAACAUAAAUUGGAUAGAGAGGAAUGUAAUUGA